UUAGAAGAAUAUGAUGACGCAAUGUAACAACAAAUGGCACGGGUGUCGUCAGCAUUGUCAUCUGUGUCCGGAUAUAGUAAAUAUGUUUUUUCGAUCGAAAGCAUUCGAAAAUUACAGAGUGAAGAGAUGAACAAAGUGGCAUUAUUGCUAGUGUUUCUUUGUGGUGUAAUAUUUGCCGUUUUAGUGUCAGUUUUACGUAAUUCAUGGACAUCUGGAAAGAGCUCGAGGAGCUUAGGGGCUAUCCCUGCAGGCGUAAGAGUGUGAUGGAACAUAACGAGAUUUUAGGCCUAGAUAUGGCUCUCAAAUAUAUAAACACUACUUUGGUGCAUCGGAUAGGCCGUAUAUCACUCCAUGACAUCUUGGAAAUUCAUCGUAGGGUGCUUGGUCACGUUGAUCCUUUGGAAGCAGGCCAUUUACGUACGACACAGGUAUAUGUCAGCAAUCAUGUCCCACCACCACCAACUCAUUUGGAGCUGCUUAUGGAGGAUUUUGUGUCAUGGCUAAACUCGCCACUGGCCCAGGACAUGCACCCUAUUAAGUAUGCUGCAUUGGCACAUUACAAGCUAGUUUUCAUACAUCCCUUUUCAGAUGGGAAUGGGAGAACGGCUAGGCUCCUUAUGAACUUUUUAUUAAUGCAGGCCGGGUAUCCUCCAGUUAUCAUAAGAAAGCAAGACCGUAUGAUGUAUUAUGACUGCUUGCAGUUGGCAAAUCAGGGGGACACAAGGCCUUUCAUUCGAUUUAUAGCUCAUUGUGCUGAAAAGACACUGGAUGUGUAUUUGUGGGCCACAAAGGAAAUGUUACCUAAAAUUGGACAAAACUUUGAUUCUCAUUCAGAAAAGAAAAAAUAUGAUUCCACAUCUAAACGUGAAGGCAAGCUCGAGGAAUUUGCAGACGAAAUUUUGUCUGAUAACAUCAUGGAAGAAGAUGCAGAGUUGGACAAUACAGCUCCUCAUUGGGGGCUAGAUGACAAUUUUAUUGGUGAAUCGUAUCGACGUGGGCACAAAAUGAAUCAUAAUGAAGAUGAUUUAUUAAUGGAGGAUAUUAAUAACAAUGAUUAUAGUCAUAAAGACCAUAUGUGGUUUGAAGAGGAGGAAGAUAAAGGUACAGUGCACAGAACAGAUAGAUAUAGCAAAGUCCUGGAUGAGGAAGAUUUGUUUGAAAGAGAAGUAAAGUCAGGAUAAUGAACAAUGGUAAUGGAGCUAAAAAUAUCUUUUGUAUAAUCUUGUAAUCUGUGAUAGUGCAACGUAUGGUUAUUUCCAAAGACUAUUUUACAAUUACUGGUGAGCCUUAUUUAUGUGAUGUUAAUUUAUUACAAUUUUAGAUUAUAUUUUUAUUAUUGCUCAGUCCCACAUGUCCAUUUUAUGCACAGAAUGACCAGUAUUUUAAGUGUAUAUUUCACUGAUGAUUCAUUGUUUCCUUAAGUAGAUUCAUUUAUCAUGUAUGUCAAGUUCAGUUCUUAUCAACAAAAUCCAGAAACAGAAUAGUGCUAACAAGAAAAACUGCAGAUCUGUGCAUUUACCUCCACUUCAAUGUAUUUUUGCAUCAAGGUGUAAGCCAAAGUACAGCUACCAAAGAUUUAGAGGAACAUUUUCCAAAUGCUGUUAUAAAUAGGGAGCAUAAGUAAGGGCAGCAAGGGCAUUGCAUUUCAUUCAUGUGCAGAUGUCGUGCAUUUUUAAUGUAUUUCUUUUAUAUUGUAUAGGGCAGUUUGAAUUUUAAUAACUACAUAUCAGAUUGUUGUAGCAUAUGUCCAAAGUGGUUCAGAUGGUUAGGCAUUAAAUUUCAUAUAGUAGUGCAAUAGUAUUAUAAGCAUGUGACUUGGUGCGUUCACAUGGUCGAACAACGUCCAACAGACAAACAUUGUACCAAUUAACAAUUGCUUACCAGAGUUUGCCUUGUGAGCAGAGUAAGAACAGUGAUAUACAAUUUCAACUGGUACCACAGUUUGUUGCCAGAUCUACUUCCCUCGUUUCAACGCUUUUGACGUCAUCCUGCUUCGCCUUUGAUAUGGCAACAAUGUUUGUCCGUUGGGCAUUGUUCGUCCAUGUGAACGCACCUUAAGAAAUUGCUGGUUUAGUCUGUUUCACUUGAUUUUUUAAAAUGUAAUACAGUACGGACUAAACUAACUUGAAGCAUUAUACUUAGUCUGACUUUCUUUCAUAGGACCAAGAAAUUAUCAUUCGGUGCAUUUUAAUAAGUUUCUUUUUUGCACAAAAUAUCAAGUGUUCCCUGGAUAUAUAGCAUUCAUGUAUUUUAGCAUUUUAUUUAUAUUUUGUAGCACUGUACUAUAUUUUGUUAAUGAAAAUUUAAACAGUUGUAGGCAUUUCAUGAAUAACUGUAAUGAUCAAGUUAUACUCACUAGUGGUAAUAAUUCACUAACAACCAGAUAAUUUAAUUCUAUAUCGAAAUGUUUAUUCAAAAUUAUAUGGAACUCAUAUAGAAUGUAGGUGGUUUUCUUAAAUAUGCAAAGAUCCUGCUGUUUAGUGGGAUGUGGAAUUAUGCCUAGUUUAAAUCUUUUUCAAGUAUUUGUUACAGUCUCUUAGUAAUGUGCAAAUUAUUAGGGAUAACAUCAGACCCCCAACAAAACUCAUGGUAUGAUUUGUUAGUAUGUCUACAGCUUUUUUUUUUUUCCCCUCUGAUUUAGAAGAAACAUCGGUAGGUUGGUUACAUGGACCCGAGGCCUGAUUCCCACUUUUUCUUCUUCUUCUUCUUUACAUUCAGGGUCCAAGGUCAUAGUAUGUUAUUUUUUUCCAUAGGUCUUGGCAUCUAUAAAAGAUUUAUGGGCUUCAGAUUGUGACAUGUGACAAAGGUCCAUGUGACAGGUCCAUGUAUUGUUUAAUAAUUUACUUAUUUCUCAAGGUCAUAGUUCAGUUGAAAAACUUAGUUUCACAUCCUUAUCUUGUAACCUUAGAUAAGUGAAGAGGUCUCUGACCUUCAGCAUCUCUGUUCAGUAGCAUAAUAUCUAAACUGAGAUGCUGAAAUGGCAGCUUUUAGAAGGUAGGGCAUUUCAUCCUCACCAGACUGCUAUAAAUCAUUGGCUGCUUAUCUCCUCCAAAACCCUGUUAUUUUUGGUCACAUCUCUAACCUCUUAUUACUUCAAAUUAUAAAAUAUUUUUUAUUAUAAUUAUCUGUAUAUUCCAAAAGCUUUGUCAUAUUCUUCAUCAACUGCAUUUAAAUGCAGCUGCAUUAUGUAUGGGAGGAUCCAAUAGUAGCAUCUUGUACCAGAAGAGAUGGUUGAAAUUCUAAGUAAAAGGACUAAAGAUUUGAUUUUGAAAACUGUCAGAAUGAAAUUCAGAGAAUUGAAUAUAUAAAAUAUUGGGACAAAGCAAGAUUAAAAAAUAAUUGCCAAUACAUAUAAGCAAAUAAGACUGUGUAAAGCUACAUACCCAACAAAUUCCUAUCCCUCCUUGCUGUUACUGGGGCGUGGUGGGGAUCAGCUUUAGAGACCAGCAACCUAGACCUGACAUCACUUAGCCUUAUGUAGUUCUAAUCUAAAUUGGCCAAGCUGAUUAGUCUUUCUACCUCACUCAGCUAGCAGUGAUUUCAGAUGGCAUGGCUCCUUAUUCAUACAAAUAAAGUACUAGUUGGCAUGAUUAUCAUAGAUGAUUAAGAUUCGCCUUCAAAUUAUUCAUGGUACAGUAGAAGCCCAAAGGAACCCAGUAGAAUGAUUCUACCAUCUUCAAGUGCACGUUAUUAGCAGUCACAGGAAUAUAUCCUGGUGAUGUGUGAUGACAAUUAUUCCUUCUCUAAUUGCUGACAACCAGUGCAUAAAUGCAGAUACUCCUUAUCCUUUAACAUGAAUCAAGUAGAAAUGAAGCCCCAUGCAGAGCAACAGUCAUAUUAAGGCAAAAUAAAGUCAAGAAAAAAAAUUUAAUUUAUCAAAGGCUUUGAACUAUGGAUUGUAUAACCAUCUACUGAUUCCAAAGAAAAUUAAACAAAUCAAGACUUUAAAAAAAAAAAAAA